AAAUAAAAAAACAAAACAAAACAAAAAUCACUAUAACAACAGCCAACUAUCCUCUAUAAAUAUAACUAACAAGCACCAAUAUAAGUCACAAAUCCAUCCUAAACCACCCAAUUAUUUUUUUCUUACAUACAUUACAUAAUUCUUUAGGCCUUAAAAAUGGCCUCUCUAAAAAACAGAACACAAAAUUGCUCUGUUUCCCCUGUUUUUCUCCCCUGUUUUUUUUACACCAUUCUUUUCAUCACAUUGUAUUCUUUGUCCCUCCCUACCAAAGCACUAGGGCAAUCACCCCCUUUCGCCUGCGAUACGGGCAAUGCCUCGUUAUCGAGUUUUGGCUUUUGCGACACGUCUAAGACUCUAGAGGCUAGGGUGGCUGACUUGGUUGGCCGGUUAACGCUACCGGAGAAAAUCGGUUACUUGAUUAGUGGUGCAGCUAGUGUAAGUAGACUUGGCAUACCUAAGUAUGAAUGGUGGUCUGAGGCUUUACAUGGUGUCUCUUACACCGGUCCCGGAACUCGGUUCUCUAGUGUUGUUCCUGGUGCUACUAGUUUCCCUCAAGUUAUUACAACUGCUGCAUCUUUCAAUACUUCACUCUUUGAAGCCAUAGGAAAGGUAGUAUCAAGUGAAGCAAGGGCAAUGUACAAUGUAGGGUUAGCAGGAUUGACAUAUUGGUCUCCAAAUGUGAACAUUUUUAGGGACCCAAGAUGGGGAAGAGGCCAAGAAACUCCAGGAGAGGACCCACUUCUUGCUAGUAAAUAUGGUUCUAAUUAUGUUAGAGGUUUACAACAAUCUGAUGAUCCUGAUCCUAACAAGCUUAAGGUUGCUGCUUGUUGUAAGCAUUACACUGCCUAUGAUGUUGAUAAUUGGAAAGGUGUCGAUCGCUAUACCUUCAACGCCGUGGUGUCACAACAAGAUUUGGAUGACACAUUUCAACCUCCUUUUAAGAGUUGUGUUGUUGAUGGGAAUGUUGCUAGUGUUAUGUGCUCCUACAACAAAGUUAAUGGCAAGCCAACUUGUGCUGAUCCAGACCUUCUUUCUGGAGUUAUCAGAGGAGACUGGAAAUUAAACGGCUACAUUGUUACAGAUUGUGACUCAAUAGAUGUGUUGUUCAAAUCUCAACACUACACUAAAACCCCAGAAGAAGCUGUGGCUCAGUCCAUAUUAGCAGGGGUGAACCUUGAUUGCGGAUACUUCCUUUCCCAGCACACUCAGGGUGCAGUAGAUAAAGGACUUAUAAAGGAAUCAGACAUCGAUAAAGCAAUCUCAUACAACUUCGCAACAUUAAUGAGGCUCGGCUUCUUCGAUGGGAACCCUAGUAAGAAACCUUAUGGAAAUCUUGGUCCUAAAGAUGUGUGCACCCCAGCAAACCAAGAGCUAGCUCUUGAUGCUGCAAGACAAGGCAUUGUGCUCCUACAGAACACUGCAAAAACUUUGCCAUUUUCUGCUACCAACAUCAAGACAGUUGCUGUCAUUGGACCUAAUGCCAAUGUUACUAAGACAAUGAUUGGGAACUAUGAAGGUACUCCAUGCAAGUACAUAACCCCCCUGCAAGGCCUCGCUGCAUAUACUUCAACAACUUUCCAAGCCGGCUGCUCCAAUGUAGCAUGUGCCACAGCUCAAGUUGAUGAAGCGAAACAGAUUGCAGCAACCGCAGAUGCUACCAUUCUAAUUGUGGGUGCCGAUCAAUCCAUUGAAGCAGAGAGUCGAGACAGAGUCGAUAUAAUCCUUCCAGGGCAGCAACCUCUACUGAUCUCAGAAGUAGCAAAGGUUUCCAAGGGACCUGUGAUUCUGGUCAUAAUGUCUGGUGGUGGUAUGGAUGUUACCUUUGCCAAGAACGAUGACAAAAUCAAGAGCAUAUUGUGGGUAGGUUAUCCUGGUGAAGCUGGUGGUGCUGCUAUUGCAGAUAUCAUUUUUGGUGCUUAUAAUCCAUGUGGAAGACUUCCCUUGACAUGGUAUCCACAAUCCUACACAGACAAAGUACCAAUGACCAACAUGAACAUGAGACCAGACCCCGCAACAGGGUACCCUGGAAGAAGCUACAGAUUCUACACAGGAGAAACUGUCUACAAUUUUGGUGAUGGCUUAAGUUACUCCGACUUCACCCACCACCUUGCUAAGGCACCCACAGAAGUCUCAAUCCCCUUGCAGGAAGAACAUGAAUGCCGAUCUUCAACCUGCAAGUCAGUGGAUGCUGUUGGAGAGCAUUGUCAGAACUUAGGAUUUGAUGUCCACCUGACAGUCAGGAAUAACGGGACUAUGGGAGGAAGGCACACAGUUUUUCUCUUCUCAUCCCCCCCAUCUGUUCACAAUUCCCCUCGGAAGCACUUGCUUGGGUUCAAGAAAGUGUUCUUGCAUGGGAAGACAGAAAGACUGGUCGUGUUUAAGGUGGACGCCUGCAAACAUCUGAGUGUGGUUGAUGAGGCAGGCAACCGCAAGGUUGCUUUGGGAGUUCAUCAACUCCACAUUGGUGACUUGAAAUACUCAUUCAAUGUCAGGAUCUAAUAAGCUAGCUUAGGUUUUCUCUACAAGUGAAACUGCUGGUGAUUGUUUUAGAAAACAAAGGAAACAAGGAGAGUUGUUGAAUAACAGAAUAAAAAACAAGAAAACACAAAAAAUAGAAAGAAUACAGAAAGUAAUCGAGAGUGCUUUGUACUUUGUAGGCCUAGGAGAUUGGUUUUCAAUUAAAUUGGGGGAGUCGUAAGAUUCCUCCCAUUGAUUCCAUUGAUCAAUGGUCAGUUCUACGUAAAGUCGAACGAGUUCUACAUUGAUAUUAUAUGGUUUCAUUUACUUGUCAACUUCUUCAUUAGCAAAAAAAUCUUUAGAAAUAUUUUGUCAA